AUGGAUUUUCAAUGGGAGAAGGGCAACGGCCCCGUCGACGAGAACUCCCCCUUCAUCUCCGCCAUGAGGAACAACACCGCAGCCAAGAAACGAACCCACAGCAUAUUCGACUCCCCCUCCAAGCCCCUACCACCGACCCUCCGCCCCCCCACCGCCGGCCAAACCCACCUCUUCAGCCAGCAACCUCUGCACAUCAGCGCGCUCUCCUCAUCCUCAAAGCCCCUCCCCGCGCGCCCCGACGAGUCCUCCUUCGCCAAGAACCCCGCGCUCUGGACCCCCCGAAACAGCAAGCUGGACCUCGACUUCUGCUCCUCCGGCGGCGAGACCCCCGAGACGCCCGGCAACGCCGCGGACAGCGAGGCGACGCCGGAUACGGGGAAGGGGAGAAGGCCGGGAUUGUUUGGGGCGUUUGGGGGAGGGGGCGCAGGGUCGCCGGCGAAGGAGAGGAGGAGGGAUAGCUUUUUGCAAAGGAUUAUGGGGAGUCCCGGGCGGGGAGAUGCGGGGCGAGAAACGCUGUACAGCCGCAAGGGGGAGAAGAUCAUCAAGAAGCGGCGCGCGAAGGCUGUGGUGGGGAAGCAGGUUGUGCCGCGACGGGGGAGCUCCGACUCCGACGACGAAGAGAAGGAGAGUAACAACCACAACAACAACGACGCCAGGGCACCAGCCAACGACAGCAAAGACCCCUCGCAAACCGCACAACCCGCCCCGCCCCCCGGCCCAGGCGGCCUGCACACCUUCUUCACCUUCCUCGAAUCCCACCCCGGCCUCCCCCACAUCCUCUCCUUCUACGCCCAACUCCUGCUCAACCUCUUCCUCGUCUUCUUCUUCAUCUUCCUGCUCUGGUCCUUCUGGUCCAGCAUCCGCGCCGACGUGAACGAGAAAGCCGAAUGGGCGGCCAUGGAAGCCCGCGCCGAGAUCGCGGCCUGCGCGAAGGGCUUCCGCGACAACAUGUGCGAGGGGAACAAGCUGCCCGCGAUGGAGGCGGUGUGCGCGAGCUGGGAGAAGUGCAUGCGGAAGGAUCCGACGGCCGUCGGGCGCGCGAGGGUGAGCGCGCAUACGUUUGCGGAGAUUUUCAAUAGCUUUGUCGAGCCGAUUAGCUAUAAGGCUAUGAUCUUCACGCUCGUCCUCGUCUUCGGCUGCGUUUCUCUCACCAACUUCACCUUUUCGUUCUUCAGGAACAAGGCCCUCAACUCGUGGGAAGCACACCAUCCCCAUCUGUAUGGCCAGCCGCAGCCGUCUUUCUACCCUGGCGGUGUACCGCCCACGCCGCAACGGUUUCCAUCUGGUGGGUAUGAUGCACAAGGCGGGUAUGGGGCGUGGCAGGGCCAGCAGGGGCAGAUGGAGCAGGGAGGUGGAGGCAGUCCUGUGAAGCAGAUCAUGUACUAG